UUUCACUGUGUUGGUGGAAGAGACACUGAACAAUCAGUUCUGUUCGCAUUUCCUAAGCCGUCACUCCUCCGGAAGGUUUGGGAUUCCUACCGAUGGCAUACAUCCCACCACACAAGAGGCAUCUAAAAGAUUCAGAGAGGGCAUCGCCCACUCCAGAUUUGCUUGUUCCUCAAUUUGAGAGGAACUUGAAUCUGAAGUCAACCAGGUAUAAUUCAGAGAGGAGGAAAGGUAAAGAGGUAGAGUCAAGGGGAAAGAUAAUUUAUGCACCUCAAGCCAUAUCUAGAUGGUGGGUAGUUGGCUAUGCAGAUGAUCGCAUUCCUGCUUUCCUGCUGGAGCCGAUUUCCUGUGAAUCCUUUGAGCGUAAAACUGGUGAAAAACCACUGGCUUUAGUGAGUGUCCAUGCAGCAAAAGGAGUUGAUGAGCCCACAAGGAGCUGUGAAAUAAACCCAUGGGUUUCUAUCACAGAGAAGAUACAAUACGAACUACAAACAUCUGUGCAAAACAUGAUGAAUGGAAUGGAUUUGCAUGAGUCUGAAGAAGUAAAGCCUUCCUUUGUUGCUAGAUUUGGAAAAAUUCACUUCCACCAGAGGCCAUCUAGUCAACUGGACACAAUCAGCCAAACAUCAGCUCUUGAAACUGCUAUGAGUCAAGUGAAAAGAUCAUUCUACACAAAUAUUCCUUGCUCAUAUGCUGAGUACAUUUUACAUGGUGUCAUACCAAAGAUUGGAGUUGAUUUUGAUGAAGAGAAAGAGUAUUACCAUGUGAAGGUCUUUGACAAAUGCCGACCUCAUGCAACCUUGUCAUGCAAAUGCAGUGCAGUGAAAAUGGAGGAAAAACUAGAACUCCGCAAGAUUGAAUUAAAUCCAGUGCGCCAACUGCUAGUGGAUAUGUCAUGCCCCGAGAAGGAUAUAGACCUAAGGUUGAUGCUAUUCACUAAAAAGAUACUGAAGGAACUGCCUCACGAUGAGAUGGAUGGCAUAAAAAAAUUAAUUGCUUCUGCAAUUAUAGAUCAAGAUGUGAAAGGAGGAUUGAGAUGGCCACUAGGGAAAGAUACUUUUGGGGACAGAUACAUUGUUGUUGGUGUUUGGCACACCAAAGCUAAAACUUUUAGGAAUUCAUCAAUGAGGAUCAAGUUAAGAGAUGCUGAUCGGUUUAAUAUCAUGGCUUCAACUGGGGAAGUUUCAAAGGAAGUUAGUCUGGGGAUGACAGGAAUAAGUACGUUAUUACGGGAUCGACUGGUGGAAAUAGGCCCAAUCAAUAAGUUGCUUGAAGACAGUUUGAAAUUGAUAUGGGAGCACUUCUUAAGAUAUGAGGGCAAUUCUUUGUCUUGA